AAAUUAUAUUUAAAUUGUCAAUAAAGAUUUUUAAGAAAAACUAGGUUUCACGGUGUUCUUAAGUGCGCUUGCGCGAACGUGUCAUGACAGUAUUCAUAACAUUUUCAGGCCAAUUAACAACUGAUUCGUUUAUUUGGCAUUUUGUGGGGUCUGGCGGUUUUUAGAUGACUUUUGGGCUGAAGAACCGUUACUCUAUCUGGCAACAUUGAUUGACCGUCACUUUAUCUGGCAACACUGCGAGCAGGACCAAACUACUAACCGUCAAUACAAUAGCUGUCACUUACAAGCUAGCGCAUUCACCACUCCGGUCUAGAAAGAUUUCAAGUAGCAGCGAUAGAUUUAAUUUUGUUUUUCCACAGGAAAACUACUGGCUUGGUUCUAGAAGCGUGGAUCUGCGACACCGGCGAAAGCAGGAUGGAGUGGCAGCCAGACGAGCAGGGUCUGCAGCAGGUGCUGCAGCUGCUGAAGGACUCUCAGUCCCCGGACACCGCCACGCAGAGGGCCGUGCAGGAGAAACUGGAACAACUCAACCAGUUUCCAGAUUUCAACAACUAUCUCAUCUUUGUCCUCACGAGCCUCAAAUCUGAAGACGAGCCCACGCGCUCCUUGAGCGGUCUGAUCCUGAAGAACAACGUUAAAGCCCACUACCAGAACUUUCCCCCCAACGUGGCCGACUUCAUCAAACGCGAAUGCCUCAACAACAUUGGAGAUCCGUCGCCCCUCAUAAGAGCUACAAUCGGCAUUCUGAUUACCACCAUAGCCUCUAAAGGAGAGCUGCAGAUGUGGCCGGAACUGUUGCCUCAGCUUUGUAAUCUGCUCAACUCAGAGGAUUAUAACACCUGUGAGGGCUCGUUCGGAGCGCUGCAGAAGAUUUGCGAGGAUUCAUCCGAGCUGCUGGACAGCGACGCUCUGAACAGACCUCUCAACAUCAUGAUCCCAAAGUUUCUGCAGUUUUUCAAGCACUGCAGCCCAAAGAUCAGGUCCCACGCCAUCGCCUGUGUGAACCAGUUCAUCAUUGGCCGAGCUCAGGCGCUCAUGGACAACAUUGACACCUUUAUCGAGAGUCUGUUUGCUCUGGCGGGUGACGAGGACUGCGAGGUCCGGAAGAACGUGUGCAGAGCUCUGGUCAUGCUGCUGGAGGUCCGCAUCGACCGCCUCAUCCCUCACAUGCACAGUAUUAUCCAGUACAUGCUGCAGCGGACUCAGGACCCGGAUGAGAACGUUGCUCUGGAGGCCUGCGAGUUCUGGCUGACUCUGGCUGAGCAGCCCAUCUGCAAAGAGGCUCUGUCCGGACACCUGGUGCAACUCAUUCCCAUCCUGGUUAAUGGGAUGAAGUACUCUGAGAUCGACAUCAUUCUGCUGAAGGGGGACGUCGAAGAAGACGAGACCGUUCCUGACAGCGAGCAGGACAUCAAGCCUCGCUUCCACAAGUCCCGCACUGUCACGCUGCAGCACGAGGGUGGGGAGGGCGAGGAGGGGGAGGACAUCGACGAUGAUGAGGAUGAUGAUGAUGACACGCUGUCCGACUGGAAUCUGCGAAAAUGCUCAGCUGCAGCUCUGGACGUGCUAGCCAACGUGUUUCGGGAGGAGCUGCUGCCCCACCUGUUACCCCUGCUCAAGGGCCUGCUGUUCCACCCUGACUGGGUCAUCAAGGAGUCGGGCAUUUUGGUUCUGGGGGCCAUCGCAGAGGGCUGCAUGCAGGGUAUGGUCCCAUACCUGCCCGAGCUCAUCCCUCACCUCAUCCUGUGCCUGUGCGACAAAAAGGCGCUGGUCCGCUCCAUCGCCUGCUGGACUCUCAGCCGCUAUGCACACUGGGUGGUCAGCCAGCCUCCGGACGCCCACCUCAAACCCCUCAUGACAGAGUUGCUCACUCGCAUCCUGGACGGCAACAAGAGAGUCCAGGAGGCAGCGUGCAGCGCCUUUGCAACCCUGGAGGAGGAGGCGUGCACGGAGCUGGUGCCGUACCUCAGCUUCAUCCUGGACACGCUGGUGUUUGCGUUCGGGAAAUAUCAGCACAAGAACCUGCUGAUCCUCUACGACGCCAUCGGAACGCUGGCGGACUCUGUGGGACACCAUCUGAACCAGCCUGAGUACAUUCAGAAGCUGAUGCCCCCCCUGAUAGCCAAGUGGAAUGAGCUGAAGGAUGAGGACAAAGACCUGUUCCCCCUGCUGGAGUGCCUGUCGUCCGUGGCCACGGCACUGCAGAGCGGCUUCCUGCCAUACUGCGAGCCCGUCUACCAGCGCUGCGUGACCCUGGUCCAGAAGACGCUGGCUCAGGCCAUGAUGUACAGCCAGCAGCCGGACCAGUAUGAAGCCCCUGACAAGGACUUCAUGAUUGUGGCUCUGGAUCUUUUAAGCGGGCUGGCUGAGGGCCUGGGGGGCCACGUGGACUCACUCGUGGCCCGCAGUAACAUCAUGACGCUGCUGUUCCAGUGCAUGCAGGACACCAUGCCUGAGGUCAGACAGAGUUCAUUUGCUCUCCUGGGGGAUUUGACCAAGGCCUGCUUCCCUCAUGUCAAACCCUGUAUCGCCGAGUUCAUGCCAAUCCUCGGAACCAACUUGAACCCAGAGUUCAUCUCCGUCUGCAACAACGCCACCUGGGCCAUCGGCGAGAUCUGCAUGCAGAUGGGGGUGGAGAUGCAGCCGUACAUUCCCAUGGUUCUGAACCAGCUGGUUGAGAUUAUUAACCGGCCCAACACGCCCAAAACCCUGUUGGAGAACACAGCCAUCACCAUUGGCCGGCUGGGCUACGUUUGUCCUCAGGAGGUGGCCCCCAUGUUGCCUCAGUUCAUCAGGCCCUGGUGCACGUCACUGCGCAACAUCCGGGACAACGAGGAGAAAGACUCCGCCUUCCGGGGGAUUUGCAUCAUGAUAGGCGUGAAUCCUGGAGGUGUGGUCCAGGACUUCAUUUUCUUCUGUGAUGCGGUGGCCUCCUGGGUGAAUCCUAAAGACGACCUCAGAGACAUGUUCUAUAAGAUCUUGCAUGGCUUCAAGGAGCAGGUGGGAGAGGAGAACUGGCAGCAGUUUUCUGAGCAGUUCCCCCCCCUGCUGAAGGAGAGACUGGCAGCCUGCUACGGCGUUUAGUCUCCACCCCCAGUCGUGAGGGGGGGCCAGCAGGAGGAGGGUGAAUGGGAAAACUCAUCCAUCUGUGUAUUGCACUGCCCUGAUCGGGGGGGAGGAAAAGUGACGCUUUCGGCUGCUCCCCCUGAUGGACGGCCCCCACGCCCUAUGUGUUUGUCCAUAGAGGGAGGGAGGGGGGAGGGAUCCGGGGGCACCUCUAGAUUAACUAGGCAGGGACCCGACACAGAAAACUAACUUGUAGGGACAGAUAGAGGCGGAGACAGAGGGGAGGGGCAGGGACCUUCAGGGACAGGUGGGGAGACAAUCAGUAAGGAGGCGGGGCAAAGAGUACACACGUGCAGUCCUCUGAAAUACCAGAAGGUGGCAGUAUGAGCUGCUGUGUGGUUAGGGACAGACAGGCUUCUUCAUCUUCUUUCCUGGGGAACAUCAUCAGUUCCUUCCCCUGUGCUCACCCCAUCUCCAUUUGAUUGCUAACAUGCUGAGCAGAGCUGCUCCUCAGAGCUGCCCGCCAUUCGAGGGCGGUUCUCUGCUCCAUCGCAGGAAGGCUCCUUUUCCUGACGUCACAGGAACUUUCCUCAGCACCUGAGGAGGCGAGGGCCGAGCCUCCUGCUUCCUCAGAUAUAGAAAAACACACACUUUUUUGUCUGUGAGCUUCGGUGUGUGAACAAAACACACACUUUCUUCAUCUGUGAGCUUCAGUGUGUGAACGUGCAGUCUGUAAACCACAGUCUGUUAAAAAUGUCAAGUCUUCUGGAAACUGUACUGAGCUGAAGCUGCAGCAGACUGUUAACUGUGACUGUCCGUUUGUGUAUGUGCAGAUGUGUGAGCCAUAGUGCACGUGUGUGUCUGCAAUUGUACAAGUGUGUGUGUCUGCAGUUGUGCAUGGUUGUCUGCAAUUGUGCAUGGUUGUCUGCAAUCGUGCGUGUGUGUCUGCGAUUGUGCAUGUGUGUCUGCAGUUGUGCAUGUGUGUGAUUUGAUUGUGCAUGUGUGUCUGCAGUUGUGCAUGUGUGUGAUUUGAUUGUGCAUGUGUGUGUGCACACGUGUCUGUCUGAUCUCGUGUGUGAUCGUACAUGUUUGCGUGUGUCAUCUGUUGUGUAUGUCUGCAAUUGUUGUGGAUGUGUGAUUGUGCACGGGUGUUAAUGUUGUCAUAUCUGCUCAGUUCCUUGUGUUGAUUUUCAAAAUUGUUUUAUGUUUUUGUUGCUGCUCAUCAUUUUUUGUUUCUCACAUUAAAUUCAUUUCCUUCUCGUUUCCCUGAUGGUUCAGUGGUUUAUUGAGUUGUUGUUGUUGUUUUUUUAGCCACGCCCAGUGACCCUACCCAACCCCGUGACCCGUGUUUGUCAGACUGUGUUACACUGUGAAACAGUUUUUCAAUAACUUUUACUCUGAAAGGCAAAUAAAGAAACUUUCUGAAUCUGCGAGCUACCCGCACUUUUGCUACGACUGACAUUGGCCGCGUCGUCUUGAGGCAGUCAUGAAGGGUGGUGUGCAAAUGCGGGGGCCCUUCUCUAUAGUUUUCCUGUUUCAGAGUGACGUCCAUACCCUUUAACUGGUGGUAAAGAGCAAUAAAGCCACUAAAAUUUCAAUCAAUUGUGUUGCAUUGGUGGACCCCCCCCCCCCCCUCCCCCACUACAGGCUAGGUUCCUUGCAGAAGCUUAUUUGGUUCCUUUGGUUUCCUUAAGCUCCAGAACUUUGGCUGGUUGGAGUUCAGGCAUCUCCUCUCCCAGCCCCUCUGCCCCCCCACCCCACCCCCGCUAAGUUACUUUUGGCUAAUUCUGUUGUCCUUUCAUCGUUGCAUGAUGGAGCUUUAAGAUGCCUUCAUGGACGGCUCAGUGAACUGAGUCUAAGGAAGGUUUUUUUUUUUUCUUAGGGCCUGAAGAUGGUGGGGGCCCAAAGCUCAUACCUUAAUUUUCAAAUUGGGGGUGGUCCUUAUUGGUAGACCACCACUAUCAGGGUUGUUUUUGUUGUCACUUUAACUUUCUCUCUUUGGUCAUGUUGGAUCUGGUGACAUGGUCAGUCCUGACAGUUUUUUAGGCUCCUCCUACUUUUCCAGUCUUGCGCAUGGGGUUUCUGCCCCAUCACUUUCUGCUUCACUUUAAUACCAAAUGCUUCGAUAAGAUUGGGGGGAGGAAUGAAGUAGUAGCAGCUGUGUUUCUGUGAGGAGAACAUGACUGAACCGUUCUGCAGGAGACAAUCCAGUCCUGCUCCUGCUGUUUCUGCUCUUUUCAUUCCAGUUUUUCUAGAACAAUAAAGGAUUCUUUUGCUUCUUC